AUGCGCAUGCGGUGCUGCAGGCGCAGCCGUACAUUGUGCGUGCGCUACUUCUCUGCGUGGGAGGAGGACAAUCGCAUGAUUAUCCAGAACGAGUACUGUGACGGCGGCACCCUGGCCAAGCUGUUUGAUGACCACAAGCGCGCAAACAGACCCUUUCUCGAGCACACGCUCCUCGUCAUCCUCAAACACCUGGCGCUGGGCACACAUGCAUUGCAUCGGCUGAAGCUGGUGCACAUGGACAUCAAGCCCGCAAACAUCCUGAUCAAGUACGAGGAGCCGAUUGGGCGCGUGGCGAAACCGCGGCAGGCCGCACGGGCACGGCGGAAGCUUGACAAGCGCAUGUCAAUGACGGCGGAUGACGCUGCGGUGCAGCCUGGUUACGAGUCGACGGAUGUUGAGCUGACUGAUGAGGAGGACGCAGACAACACCACCAACAGCCACGAUGGUGAUGAAGAGGAGAGGAGGGGUCGUGGGUUGAGCCGGGGAACGCGUUCACAGUCCCGUUCACGACUGCGGGGAUGGCACCACGAUGACGAGCAGACAGCAACGAUGGAGGGUGCUCGUGGUGGAGAUGACGGUGCGCACGAGCAUGAUGAGCACAGCAGCGGGUCCAACAGCUUCAACACGUCGGGCACGCUGCCCUCCGACCUGGAGUCUGUGUUUGGAGAGAGCGGGAGCGAUGGUGAAGGUGGCGGCUCUGUUAGCGGCACCAUGUCCCGUCUCGGCGUGUCCACUAUCAACAACGCGAAGAGUGACGCAAACACAGACGCCAUCAGCACCAACAGCAACAUCGGUGCUACCGCCACUGCCACCGCGAAUGCCACGGUUACCGACACUGCUGCAGCCAAGAAGCAGGGGCGAAGGGGCCGUGCUGACAAGACGGCGACAGCAACCACGACGGCGCGACGCCCGCUCAUGCCGCGCGGACACGCAGACAACACCAUCACCAACAGCACCAACAGCACCAACAGCAGUGGUCUGGGUGUAAUUACGAGCACGAGCACGGUGGGCAGCGCUGACGAUGUGUUUGAGCCCGAGAGCGCGACGGUGACGACGUGCGGGACAUCGGAUGCGGGCGAUGCCGUUGAUGUUGCUGACAUCAUCGUGGAUACAGAGCACACACAUGCACAUGCACAGGAGGCGCAUGUUGCUGGGAGUGGUGUGCUGAAGAAGGUGUCGUUUAAGCUCGGCGACCUUGGACUGGUGACGCGCCGCGAUGACAAGUCGGCAGAGGAGGGCGACAGCAGAUACCUCGCACGCGAGGUGCUGAAGGGCCAGUACCGCGAUCUGUCCAAGGCGGACGUGUUCUCCAUCGGCUGCACCAUGUACGAGCUCGCCAGCCUCGUGCCGCUCGCUGCAAACGGGCCAGAGUGGCACCGUCUGCGCGACAGCCCGCCACCGCUUGCCGGCUACUCGUCCAAGUUCAACCACCUUGUCAUGGCAAUGCUCUCGGAGCAGCCGGGUGAGCGGCCCACCACCUCUGACAUUCUGAAGAGCGAGCUGUUGCGGCCGGACCCUGACCCCGACACGAGCACGCAGCUGAAGGAGGCCCUCGACCGCGUCCAGCAGCUCGAGCGAGAAUUGCGACAGCAGAAACAGCUGGCGAGCCGCCGCGGCAAAGGGCCCGUGACCAGAAAGCAGUCGUGCGUCUUCUGA